UAAACUCCGCCUUACGUGUGACGCAGUUGAAUGUUGAACUCGGACGAAUAGAUAGAGAGUGGAGUAGAGUGGAGUGGAGUCGAAACCAGCACAGCACAUACGUUGAUAUGCCGAGAGAAUGCUCCGUUCAGUUGUAUAACGGCCAUUAGGUGAAUAUCGUCGAGUUUGUGAACAACAAAAACACAUGUGUCGUGAUAUCGUUUCACCGAAAUAGUGAAUGACAAUGAUGACGAUGGACAUAACUAUGUACGGUCACCACAACCAGCAUAACACACCGUACAAUUCCGGCGAAGCUAAUUAUUACAAUUAUUCUAGCGAUGUUAAUCAUUCGUCGUCUCAUCAUCAAUUCCAAAAUUACUAUUCGUCGAAUUAUCAUUACGAAGAUCCUUAUUUGUACGGGGCAUCUUCGGCGGAUGCCGCUGAAGCUCCAUCGUCUCCGCAUAACAUUAGCAGUUACUACUCGCAGCACGUUACCGAAACUCCCAUCGUAAAUACGGACACCGGCCUGACUUAUACGAAUCUAGAUUAUUCUAAUGCAUCGACGAAUUAUGCACAAAACAACUACAACGACAACGGCUUCACCGGCAGAGAUUUACUGCACCAAAACGACAACUCCGAGGACGCGCAACUUCAACAGAAUUACAUACACGAGAGUAAAUUUCAAAUAGACGUUAACGAGAGCAAUUAUUUACUGAAUCCGAACGUGGGUAGCUCGAACGCUUGCAUGGAAUUCCAGCAUUUGCAGAGGUACAAGCAGGAAAUCUCGCCGGAGGAACAUCACAGAUUGAGGCAGCAGCAUGGGUUGCAUCCCAUGACUCCGGUUUCGAUGCAACAGCCGGCUUUGCCGACCUACAAGUGGAUGCAAGUUAAGAGAAACGUUCCUAAACCUCCCGUGCCCAAACUCCCUAACCCUACGCUUUCCGACUACCAGACCUCCAGUCCGAACAAUUCCAGUCUGGACGUCCAAAAUCCCGCGUCCAGAAGCGCCUGUCUGGGCUCCAACGCCUCCAGCCUGCUGAACCUGAACUGCCUGAACACCGGCCGGACGAAUUUCACCAACAAACAACUCACCGAAUUAGAGAAAGAAUUCCAUUUCAACAAGUAUCUGACGAGAGCGCGGCGAAUAGAAAUCGCCUCGGCGUUGCAACUGAACGAGACGCAGGUGAAAAUAUGGUUCCAGAACAGGAGGAUGAAGCAGAAGAAGCGGAUAAAAGAAGGACUGAUUCCGCCGGAGGCGAUAGCGAGCAACGGAAGCAACAGCAACUCCCCGACUUCGGUAACGGCCGUGCAAAACGAAUCCGUCGCCGGAAGCAACGAGAAUAGUCGAGAAUCAAACUGAUUUAAUCUAGUUUGUUUUUGGGAAAAUUCGGUUUUAAUUCAAAUUGAAUUUUCCGUUUUAUCAAAUGAUUCGCCAAAGAGAUUGACUUAGAAAAUUUCGGUUAUAAUUAAACGUAAGGUUGUAUUUAUAGGGCCGUAGAAAAUUUAUAGAACAAGCUUUUUAUGUAUUGUUUGUAUUAAUUUAAAAAUGUACAUUGGUUAUUGUAUAUAAUGAAAUAGUUAGGUAAUUUAAUGAUGUCGAUACUAAAAUAACUCUACGAUGACUUACGAAAAAUAAAUAGUUUCAAUUACUGUGGAUGCAAUUGGUACUUGACCAAAUCUACCUCUAUGAUUUACUUCUUGUAACGUAUCUACUAGGUACUACUACUAUACGCCGUUAGAAUUUUACAAAUUUCGUUUGUGUGAUUGAUUAACAAGAAUAAAAAAGGACUAAUUCACUAUUGACAUUAUUUGUUUUAUUAAAUUUCUCUUCUGUCGUUGAAUUGGAAAUGUAUUAUUGGAAAUAUUAAAAAGUAUUAUUAACUAAUCUUGAACAAAAUAAAUAGUUUUACUUUCAAAAUGGC